CUUGACGUAGACGUUGGGGGCGGGGCCUCGCCGUGCGCGGUGACUGGUGGCGGCACUGGCGGCAGCUGGAGGCGUAAUAGUGUGGGCGGCGGGGACGGAGAAGUUCGGAGGCGGCGGCGGCUCCCGCGGAUCCUCCGGCGCGACGAUUUGGACGGCUGGAGCGAGCCCCGGGCUUGUCGCUCACCAUGCCGACGGUGGAGGAGCUGUACCGCAACUACGGCAUCCUCGCCGAUGCCACGGAACAAGUGGGCCAGCAUAAAGAUGCCUAUCAAGUGAUACUGGAUGGUGUGAAAGGUGGUACCAAGGAAAAACGAUUAGCGGCUCAAUUUAUUCCAAAAUUCUUUAAGCAUUUUCCAGAAUUGGCUGAUUCUGCUAUAAAUGCACAGCUAGACCUCUGUGAGGAUGAAGAUGUGUCAAUUCGACGCCAAGCAAUUAAAGAGUUGCCUCAGUUUGCCACUGGAGAUAAUCUUCCCCGAGUAGCAGAUAUACUCACCCAGUUAUUGCAGACAGAUGACUCUGCAGAAUUUAACUUAGUGAACAAUGCCUUGUUAAGUAUAUUUAAAAUGGAUGCAAAAGGAACUUUAGGUGGCUUGUUUAGCCAAAUACUUCAAGGAGAGGACAUUGUUAGAGAACGCGCAAUUAAAUUCCUUUCUACAAAACUUAAGACUUUACCAGAUGAAGUCCUAACAAAGGAAGUAGAGGAGCUUAUACUUACAGAAUCCAAAAAGGUCCUAGAAGAUGUGACUGGUGAAGAAUUUGUUCUGUUCAUGAAGAUACUAUCUGGGUUAAAAAGUUUACAGACAGUGAGUGGAAGACAGCAACUGGUAGAGCUGGUGGCUGAGCAGGCUGACCUGGAACAGACUUUCAAUCCCUCUGAUCCAGACUGUGUGGACCGGCUCUUACAGUGCACCCGUCAGGCCGUACCUCUCUUUUCUAAAAAUGUCCAUUCCACAAGAUUUGUGACAUACUUCUGUGAGCAGGUGCUCCCUAACCUCAGUACCUUGACUACCCCAGUAGAGGGGCUCGAUAUACAGUUAGAGGUAUUAAAAUUGUUGGCAGAGAUGAGUUCAUUUUGUGGUGACAUGGAGAAGUUAGAAACAAAUUUAAGAAAACUAUUUGACAAGUUAUUGGAGUACAUGCCUCUCCCUCCAGAAGAAGCAGAAAAUGGGGAGAAUGCUGGUAAUGAAGAACCCAAGCUACAAUUCAGUUACGUGGAAUGUUUGUUGUACAGUUUUCACCAGUUGGGCCGAAAGCUUCCUGAUUUCUUAACUGCCAAACUGAAUGCAGAAAAGCUCAAAGACUUCAAAAUCAGGCUGCAGUACUUUGCACGGGGCCUUCAAGUUUAUAUCAGACAGCUUCGCUUAGCUCUCCAGGGAAAAACAGGCGAGGCCUUGAAAACAGAAGAGAACAAAAUCAAAGUUGUUGCAUUGAAAAUAACAAACAACAUCAAUGUUUUAAUCAAGGAUCUCUUCCACAUUCCUCCUUCAUAUAAGAGCACAGUAACAUUAUCUUGGAAACCUGUACAGAAAGUUGAGAUUGGGCAAAAGAGAGCCAGUGAAGAUACAACUUCAAGUUCACCACCCAAGAAAUCUUCAGCUGGACCAAAAAGGGAUGCCAGACAGAUUUAUAAUCCUCCCAGUGGAAAAUAUAGCAGCAAUUUGGGCAACUUUAAUUAUGAGCAGAGAGGAGCCUUCAGGGGAAGUAGAGGUGGCCGAGGUUGGGGAACACGAGGAAAUCGCAGUCGAGGAAGACUCUAUUGAAUAAGACAUCACGUUCUUCAGCAUUGUCAUGGCUUAAUAUACUUAAAUUCUACUACUCAUUGGAUUGCCGGGGAUGUCCCUUAAAAAAAGACUGCUGCCUUCAGCUAAAAACUUAAAUGUUCUUUAUACCUUUGUAUGUAUGCUCUACUUUUGUAACAGACCAUGGUUACGUCCAAGGUAAAAACCACAAUAAUAUUUUUGGAUGCUUUGUCUGCAGUCUUGACUUGUUUUUGCAGUAUCUUCAUUAUUCAGAUUUCAUAUUGUGAAUCUUUUAAACAUCUGAUAAUUUGUUGUUGAAAGCUGUUUGAGUCUAAAGUAUAACGUAUUCAGUCUAGUUCUGUUAUCUGGUAAAAGAUAAUCAGUUAAAGGGUUACUAACUUUCCUCUCCCCUUUUAGUUUUCUGCCCAAUAUAUGGAGAAGAGUAAUGGUCAAUCUUAACAUUUUAUCUUCGUCUUUAAUAAAGCUGCUAGGCAGUGCUGCAGCACCCACCCAAUGUCAUGAAAAUACCAGCUUCCUUAAAAUGCAGGGGUAAUACUACAUCUUUAGGAGGAAGCAAUGUGCUCUGCACUGCUUACUCUUCUCCAUUGAUCGGGGGAUAUACCUUUGGAAUAUGUGAUCUUAUAUUUGAAUAGAAAUGCGUAUGUAUAAUAUGCAUACACACAUAAGCAUGUGUGUGUGUGUAUGUGCAUGCUGUGAAACUUGAGUACACAACAAAUCAAUAUUUGAAAUUCCAGGAAUGGUAAUUAUACUUUUAAGGAUGAAUCCAUUAUUGAAUGGAAAAACCUAGGUUUUUACUCCCAGUAGAGAAGAACUUUGAGUCAGUUGCACUUACAUGAUAAUUGUUAUUUAAAACUAAAACAAAGGUUGUAUUUCCAGAGAUAAACUUGGGAGAUCCUUGUUGGUGAAGUACAGCCAGAUCUGAUGUACAUAUAGGUUUCUACAGGAAGAGAUAGUAUAAUUUAGGAUUUGGAGACUUAAAACCAGGGCUACCCAGGAAAAGUGACUUGAUAACAUAGUACCUAUAAGUAAGGGAUGCUCUCUCCGUUUGCUUUUGCCACUUUCAAGAGUUUAACUUCUCAGGUUAUUAAUCAAUUAUUGUAUAAGUUAGCCAUUAGAAACUAGGUUAAAACAACAGAUGGGAGGUUUGUGGAGUGUCUAAUGUCAUGGGCAUUUUUAGUAGCAUAGACCCUUUUACUCUGCAUUUGAAUGUUCCUUAUUUUUUUGUUCUAUAGUUAAUCUUCCCUUCCCACGUUUGCUAUUCAAAUCAAAUGCCCAAUGACAUUUCUAGUAGUUUCAUGUAUUUUAUAAGGAAUAGUUUGUGAUUCCAACACAGGUGUCUUUGUUACCAUUAUUUCUACACUGGGAAAAAAGCAAAAACCCCUUUGUUAGAAUUACUGCACGUUUAUAGGGCAGACAUUUCUAAAAGCUAAAGUGAUACAAGUGAGCACAAGAAGUUAGUCAGCUUAACUAUGGAAUGGUGGCAAUAAUCCUUAACCAUUCCAAAAGACUGAGCUGAAUCUAAACUCACUUGUUAUCUGAACAGACAUAGGAACAUGGAAUUAUCACUUGAAAACUGUGACCUGCUAGUCUGGACCUCAGAUAGAUGGGCCGAUGGCCUAAAGCCAUUUCAAGAAUAGAAACUACAGCUAUGUAUAUUUGAACAUUAAGGGUGAUUUUUUUCCUUUUUUUUUUCCAAAAAGUGUAUUUGUAAACUCAGACUCACAGGAGUGGCUUGAUAUUCUCAAGUCUGAUUUUGAGUUGACAUUUCUUCCCUUACUACUUUGUAGUUUGCCUUCCCUUUCCUAAGGCAACAGUGCACAGCUUGGGGUUUUUUGCUUCCGUUCUUUGAAACUGUCAUGCCAUGGAUGUUCUUUCUUUUGCAAGACACCUGUUUAUCAACUUGUUUAAAUGUAAAUGUUCCCGUAUGCUUUUUAAAUAAAUUUCCUUUUGUAAUUUU